UGUAUGAACUGUGCUAUAGGAAUAAACUUGCUUGCUCCAGCAGGUCUCUAUAGAGAGACGUGGAAAACGUAGGAAAUAACGACUACAACAGAUCGAACCUUUCUCCAAAAUGACUUACUGCAUGCAUUUCACUUAAGGGUGCCGACUGGGAAUCGAACCCCACAACCCUGGCGUUGCAAACACCAUGUUCACCAGCUGAGACAACAUUUGCUUGCUUGCUAUAGAUGGUUAUCUUAGGUAUCUGUCUGAGGUGAUUUGAUCUGUCCAUUAUGCAUCAUCCAAUUUCUCCGGAAACAUCUAUUUAGAGUCCAGACAAACAACAGCUGCCCACAAAGCUGUAGUAACUAGGACUGUGGAUAAUGGGGUGUCUCCUCGUCUCUGGGGUGCUCAUAGUCACUCUGAUGUUCUCUUUCCCAGCAGCUCAGGAGGAGAGCAGUGGAGAUGAACCUUCUGAUGAGGAGAAUGUGAUGUUUGAAGAGUUUUGCCUGAAAAUCUCAAAGUAUUCCGUUUGGACAAUCCCUGAACCAAAACACAUUCAAGGUGUUGCAUCAGCCAAUGAGGAACGAGGUAUGGUUGAGAGGAAUGGAUGUUACUGUAAUUCAUGGCAGAAACAUACAGCCGACCGCUCCCUUAUCAGGAGCAUCGAGUUCAGACUCCCUGCACCACAUGGGUGUAACAACACGGAGAUCAUUGAGACACUGGUGGAGGGCACAAAGGUGUGUGUGAAUGACUCUUCAACAAGUUACUUCACAUCACUGUUUGGGCCUUUAUCAGAUCCCACAAAGGAAGAGACCACAACCCACAGCCCAGACACCCCAAUAGUGUCUCUGUCCCCAAACACACACGCAGAGGAACCAAGGAGGAUGAACUCAAAAUGGGAAUCAAGUACAGCUGAUCUGACGCCAUUGCCGCCGAGGUCACAGUCAUACGGGUCAACAGAAUCACCGGUAUACCCAGGCACCUCCGGAGAACCAGGACUCCCCGAACCAGAAGGCCACCCCGGUCUACAAGGUACCUCCGGAGAACGAGGACCCCCCGAACCAGAAGGCCACCCCAGUCAACAAGGCCCCUCCAGAGAACAAGGACCCCCCGAACCAGAAGGCCACUCCAAUAUACAAGGCCCCAUCAGAGAACUACGACACCCCGAACCAGAAGUCUACUUCAGUCUACAAGAACCCUCCAGAGUACUUGAACCCCCCGAACCAGAAGUCUACUUCAGUCUACAAGAACCCUCCAGAGAACUAGUACCCCCCGAAAUAGAAGAACACCCUUGGCUACCAGAACCCCCCGGAGCACCAAGAACCCUGGGACCACCAGACCCCCACGGUCCACAAGACCCCCCCAGAGCACCAAGACCACCGGGACCACCAGGCAGUGUUGAUUACUGCCUGUGCACCAAAAAGCUGGAUGGACUGAACCCAAGGUUACUGUCCCGAAUAACGCUGCGGCCUUCCAGUCCAUAUUGCAGAGUCCUGGAGAUUAUUGUCAGUUUGAAGGACGGUACACGUGUGUGCCUGGACCCUAAUGCAGCGAUGGUCAAGACCCUUCUGAAAAUGUUGGGUCAAAAUCCUGUGACACAGAAUCCCCCUGAAUGACGCCUGUCAGGGAAGAAGUUGGUGUUUCCAUGAGAUGUGUCUGGAGUCCAA